CUGAUUCACUAUCCAAGACCAUGAGAAAUAACGCCCUUUGUCAAGCAGAUUGCAGCAAAAAUACCAUUUCUCUUGUUCCGAUUUGUUUUGCCUGCCGCCCCCGGUAUGUCCGGGACCCUUGAGAUAUGGGAGGGGGAUGCCAUGAAGAAAAUGCUGUGUACCAGGAUGCAAGCAGGAAUAUGCCCUGGCUUUUUUCUUCUUCUUCUUCUUCUUCUUUUGUUUCUAAGCCGAUGUUUCUAUCCUCCGCUGGAUCGGAUGCUGCCAACUAGAGGCUGUGCUAGAAGAAAAAAACGACACAUGUAUAAAACCGGUUUGAACUUGUCUGCCAAAUCCCCCUACCACCACGCGCGCCUCUAGCUAAGGGUCGUCUGCAUAUGCCCAUCAUCCACUACGAAUUCUGUUUUUUUCUUUCUUUACAGCAGCCUGUCAAUAUCCUUGCUCUUCAUCCACACACA